ACGUCUUUUACUAAGUUGUUCAUCUUCUGUGUGUGUUGACCAUGAGUGAUAACUGAUGAGUUAGAGCUAACUUCCCUAUACAUAUAUUUGCAGAUCAAAUCAAAUGGAGGGACCAAAAUUGAAUAUGCGUUUAGGCCUAUGUCUCGUUUUCAUCAAACUCCUGUUUCUUGUUGGCAGCACAGUGGGAGAUGGUCCGAGGGAAUUCACCACAAACGACAAGAAUCCUGGAUUCAUAAGCAUCGAUUGUGGAGCACCAAAUGAUUACUUCGACGAGGCAACGGGCAUAUGGUAUCAGACAGAUACAAACAUUGUAAAAACUGGUACAAUUUCUAAGGUUCUCCCCAGUGUAGACGUUGAUUAUUCUUACUUUGGGGGACUUCUAACCACCUUGAGAAGCUUUCCAGAAGGAAAAAGGAAUUGCUACACUCUCAAACCAAAACAAGGCAAGCACCAUACUUAUCUAAUUAGAGCUUAUUUUACAUAUGGGAAUUAUGACGGCAAAAAUCAAACUCCAACCUUCGACUUGUACCUUGGCGUCAAUCGUUGGGAUACUAUUACUGUGCAAAGACUUUAUUCUGUUGUUCAGAUUAUUCAUACCCCCACAACAGACACAAUUCAUGUGUGCCUUGUGAAAACUGUGGUUGGAGUACCUUUCAUUUCUGCAUUGGAGCUUCGACCUCUUAGUAAUUCUGUUUACCAAACUCCAUCACCUUCUCAAUCUCUUUUAGUCAAUCGAGGAAGCUUUGAUGUUGCCACCACCAGUUCCGCCACAUACAGCAGGUACAAGGAUGACUUCUAUGAUCGAAUGUGGCGCGAAAUCGAUUUAUCACCGGGUUGGUACCAGAUUAAUGGGUCUGUAGAUAUUGGUCCUUCAAUCACAAACAAUCCUUAUAAGUUACCGUCAGAAGUUCUGAAAUCUGCAGCCCAAUCAUUCAAUCUCUCCUAUGGAUUAAACUUCGAUUAUGAUUCUGUAUGGAAACACCUCGACAAGUCUUCCAAAUAUUACGUCUAUUUUCACUUUUGUGAAAUUCAGCAACUUGCCCCUGGGCAAAAGAGAAUACUGAAUAUCAAUGUCACUGUUGGUGAUGAAUACGUUGUCUCCCAACCUAUAAUUCUUGAAUACUUGAAACCACAAACCAUUGCUCCUCUAAAUGCAAGUCAAGGUUAUGUUCGUUUUAGCAUCAACGCAACAUCAGAAUCCGAUGCUCCUCCAAUCCUUAACGCUUUUGAGGUUUACGAGUUCAUGUCACCUCUAUAUUCCCCAACAGACCAGAGAGAUGUGGAUGCUAUCAUGGACAUUAAAGACACAUACAAGAUCUCCAAUUUAGAUUGGCAAGGAGGCCCAUGUAUUCCAAAACUUGCUUGGGAAGGACUGAGCUGCAGUUCUGGUUUCAAUGGCACCAAUUCGAGGAUCGCCUCAAUGUAUGUCUUUCGUAUAUAA